AUGCGCAAACCUCUUAUGCGCAUUCCCUACACGGAAGUCUUGGCCCCUCCCACACUCCGUCCGAGCAACGCAAACACCAUCCCGGGCGCUGUCGCGGCCCUCCAGAAUUUCUUCGCUGCUCCUCCGCCAAAGGGGCUGCCGAGGUCGACCGUCGUCUUGACUGGCGCGGGCCUUUCCGUCUCCAGCGGCCUCGCCGAUUACCGAGGUGUCAAUGGCACCUAUCGCGUGAAUAAGACCUACCGUCCCAUUUACUACCAUGAGUUUCUCUCAAAUCACGAGGCACGCAAGAGGUACUGGGCGAGAAGUUUCUUAGGAUGGACCUCACUUCAUAAGGCUUCGCCGAACCAGGGCCACUAUGCCAUCCGUGACCUGGGCCAGCUGGGCUUGAUCCGGAGUGUCGUCACUCAGAACGUCGACUCGUUUCAUUCCAAAGCUCAUCCUGAUAUUCCGACUCUAGAGCUGCACGGCUAUCUGAGAUCCACCGUCUGUGUAAGUUGCAGGAACGAAUACCCCAGAGACGCCUUCCAAGAGGAACUCGGGAGACUCAAUCCUGCGUGGCAAGAGUUCCUUCUCGAAGCCCUGGCCUCCGGAGCUCUCGACACGGAGAACCCUGCCGAGCGUAGAGCAAAAGGCAUCCGGACCAAUCCUGACGGAGACGUUGACCUCCCAGGUGCUCCCUAUACCACCUUCAGAUAUCCAGCUUGUCCGCACUGCCUCGCGCAACCACCAUCUACACCCGAAGGUGCCAAACACGUCGUCGAGGUUGACCACGAUGGUGCCUGGAAACCCAGCAGCUCUGCCGGGAUACUGAAGCCUGCGGUGGUCAUGUUUGGCGAGAGUAUCCCCAAUGAGGUGAAAUCCGCGGCAGAGGAGGCUAUCGACGGGGCAGGCAAGCUCUUGAUUAUGGGCACUUCGCUAGCCACCUAUUCUGCUUGGCGACUGGCCAAGAGGGCUCUGGACCGCAAAAUGCCCAUUGCCAUUGUAAACACUGGUGGUGUUCGCGGUGAGGAGAUCAUCGCUGCUGUGCCGGACCCGGAUCCGACUGGGGCUCUUGGAGUCCGAACGGAAGUAUCCACCGACGCCGUACUUCCGGCGCUGGUCAAACAGCUGCGCCAGCUGCAAACCAGCGCCGCCCCCGUGGCCGGAGGCGGCGCGGUGCCCUCUAAAGAGAACCACGGCGUUUUCAAAGAUAUGUUGUCAUAG